UUUUCAAACAACAAGUUACUCCUUUUCCUUCACCAGCGCCUUCGCCUUCGCCAUGAACGACCCGUCAUCCUCAAAUGCAUGGGUCCCACCCGUGCCCUUCGCGAUCGCGUCGCGUUUCGCCUUCGCGUCCUUCUUCUUCCUUCGUUUCGCGGCGUUCUUCGCUGUCCGCGCUUCGCACUCCUUGCGCUUCGCCUCGACGCGCUCCGCGUGCUCUCGAUCUCUUCGCUGCUUCUCGUCGUCGGCGUCGAGCUGCUCCUGGCGUUUUUGCUCCGUGCGGCGGUGCCGCCGGUAGAUGUGGAAAUCAGACGAACCAGCACCCGCCUGCGACCCCAUCACAUUAUCGACACGCUCCGUCCGGAGGCGCGGCGGCGGCGCGUCUCCCUCCGCAGCCGGCGCCGCUGCGGACGGGUCGAUCUCCGCCGACGCGGCCACCGCUUCUUUCACGUCGCCGCCGGGCACCACCGCCACUGCCUCGGUGGCUGGGUCCUUCUUGGCGCCGCCGCCGGCCAUAAUUCGGAGGCCGCCCUGGCUCGUAGCCAUCGCGGUAGCGUGGGUGAGAUGCUAUUGUCCUGCGCACUGAUUGCGCAGGCCUGGGCGAGAGUUCCUCGUGCGCAGCGUGGCAGCGCGCAGGCGUGGGUGAGAGCUGCUCCUCGUGAGCAGCGCAGGCGUAACACAGGUCUUGUGGGCUGCAAAAACCAA